CAUCUCUUACCAUAGAUGAUGUCUGCUCCCAUUGCCCUGACCCUCAUGGAGCGCCUGCGGCUCAAAAAGCGCAAGGCCAAAACGGGGCCAGGGAUGGCGGCGGAUGAUGCACUGCCGACCUCUUCUCAGGACGAUGCGCCGCUGUUCGGCGAACCGUCAGUCGACACCGACGGAUUUCUCACGAGCAACAGCGUGUUGGGGCACUUCUGUGGCCGGGCCAGGGCUGCAUCUGCCGACCGCAGCUCGUCAGAUGAUGUCUGCGCGUGUCGCGAGAUACCGGUCAGCGGCAUAAGGAGAGAGGGCGGAAGGCUCUUAUUGUCUUGUGUGUGUCGUUUUGUCCAUCAGAAAGGCGUGUUUGCAGUGCAGAACGACACGAAAUCCUUCCGUAGAAUAGCGGUGAGUAUUGUGGCUCUCCCUUGCCAUGUAUUCUUUCCGUAUGUGUCAGUCGGUAUGUAUAUGUGUGUGUGUGUGUGUGUGUGAUGGAUUGGUGUGUGCACUGCAGUUGGUUUGCCGUCUGUGUCGUCGCCAGUGCCACCCGCCCUGCCAUCUCUACUGGAUGCCCAGGACACAGGUAAGUAGUGCCGUCACCCUCGCAACCCCACCCACCCACUCCCACACUACAGUGCAAUGAGUGCAGUGCCCUGUUUGUUCCGGAUGCGUGCAGCGGACUGCAGAUGAGGUCGUGAGGGCGGCGCAGGGCUUCACGUGCAUCCCCUGUCGUGCACUCUUUGCUGUGAGCAUUGCACCCAGGCACUUAAAUCCAGACGUCGACAGAAACGUCUUGUUGACCUCUGUUCUGUGUACGUGUCUGUAUCGUCUCAGGAUUUGUCGCAUCUGCCCGUGGCGCAGUGUAAGUACGUCGUCACCAACCCCCGCCAGGACGCUGCAUUCUCCAGGGAAAUCACAGACAUAGAGCGACCUGCCUCGGGUGCGCACAGAUACACAACAAGUUAACGACCACACUCUCUCUCUUUCCAUGUGUGUUUGUGUGUGUGUGUGUGUCCGUGGUGCUUGCCUGCAGCGGCCUCUCCCGCCGAUGGGGACCUGUGUGUGACGGUGCGGUACCUGCAGGUGGCGACAGUGCGGCCCGACACGGACGCGCAGAUGUUUGACGCCAAAUACGAGGCCGUCCACUUCCCUAGCCAGUCGGGCGCAAAAGUGGAGAUCACCGACAGCAAAGAUGUCAGUCGGGCAGAUCAGAUCGAUGCACACAGACAGACAGGGUGUGGGCAGGCAGAGACGCACAGACGCACAUGCGCUGAUCGAUUGUUCCUCCGUCGCGGCGUUUGCUGUUUGUUCAGAAGGUGGUGUUGUCGUAUGGAAAGAAUCCGUUCCAGCAGGUGAAGCCCCCGUCGGCCCCCAUCAACGCGCCCAUCCCUGCAGGAGCCAAAUUCGACCUCACUGCCACAGUAAAGACCGCCACUUCAUGGGUCUGUGUGUAGACGUACGAGUGUGUGUGUGUGUGCAUGUGCUGUUGGCAGUUCUCGCGCCACUGUCCCGACACGGUGCAGAAGCUGCGCAAGUGGCCGAUGUCUGCUCUAGUGGUCAUGGUCACCAAGCGCACAGCGCUAGCCGAUUUGCUGAAGCCCAUCCAGGACCACCACACCAUCCCUGCACACAUCUGUCGGCAGAAGGUCUCAAUACACACACACACACACACGCCCCCCACAUGGAUGGCGACACACACACAGGUGGAUGUCUCUGUCUCUGUGUGCUUGUGAGUGCAGAUGGUGGGUUUGUUGGGUGCCCAUAGUGCCAAUGAUGACGACGAUUGUGUGUGUGACAGCACCGACGGGGCGCUGUCCCUCAAGGUGCGUAUGCAUGAGUGUGUGCUGUGCAUGUCUGGAAUGCCACCCACGUCACUCCCCCACUUGUUCUCUGCUCUCCCUCAGUGCCCCAUAUCGCAGAUGAGGAUGGAGAUGCCCGCCAGGGGAUUCAGGUGCAGGUGGGUGAGGGCAGGAAAUUCGGUGUCCGUUCGUGUGUGUCAGUCAGUGUGUGCCUGUGUUUGCAUGUCAGGCAUCUGGAUUGCUUCGACUUCGUUAGCUACCUGCAUGCCAUGGUGCUCUCUACAGGACUCAAACCCAAGAAGUGAGUGACCCACUCACGGCAAAGCAGAAUGAAUGGGGGAAAGAGAGAGAGAUGCGUGUAUGUGGUCUGUGUGUGUUGUCUUUGCCAGGCGCAACACGUGCCCCAUCUGCUCGUGUCCCAUGCCGAUCUGGGAGGUCUACAUCGAUGGCUACGUCACGGACAUCCUAGCUGCCCUGCCCGAGGACGAAACCACCGCACACCAGGCACGCACGCACGUCCACCACCCUCCCACAGCCUAUCAUGUCUCCCCAUCCAUGCAUGUGUCUUGCUUUUGCAGGUGAUGUUCCGCCCGUCGGAUGCAUCCUGGUACCUGCCCACCGCCAACGCCAAUGCCCAGCCGGCCUCUGUCAACGUCGCUGCCAUGGCCCAGCAGCCCGGCCCCUCACCGGUCCCCGUGCAUCUGUCGCCCUCGCCCGAGAAGGACGGGGGCGACAGAGAUCCAUCGGUGAUUGACCUGACGAAAGGCAUGAUGACGCCGUGCCCCAAGAGGAACGGGCAGGCGGCCAAGGCCAGGCGGCUAAGAUGAAUAAGGGGCGGUGAGCUGGUUGGUCGGUGGGUGGGGUGUGAGGUGGGUUGGGGUGUAGAGGAGGGCCGUGCGUGUACAGUGUGACGGGGUCUGGAUGUACGAGGGGGGCUGUGAAUCAGUCAUUUGUGCACACUCGUGUGGACGCUUCGUGUGUGCGCAUGAUGUGCUGCAUGUGAGUGUCUGUGUGUUGCCUGACUGCUUGCUCGGUUGGCUGGUUCAUGGUCUGAUGGAUGGUGUCUGCACACCGGCAGCCGCCCACCCACAAUCUUCUUCUAAAAAAGAAAUACAUCCCA